CAGACUACAAGUCCCAGGGAGCCGGUCCGGCCAGGGAGGGGCGCUGGGGUGCACAAGGGGCGUGCACUGGCAAAGCAAGACCAUUUCCCGGCAAGGGCGCCAGUGCCUCUGCUCUGUUCGUCCGGGAAGUCCGGGUCGGACGAGCGGAAAGCCUUAGAGUCCAGGCCGGCUCCCUGGAGCAAACCCAGUGGCCUGGAUGUCCCUGAUUAUUAUUAUUGUUGUUUAUGCUGCGAGCACGAAAUUCUUCCCCAAGGCCUCCUCCCCCGCCCGCCCCACCUGCUCCUUCCUCCUCGUGUUGUAAUAUGCCUUUAGUGAGCCUGCGACCUCAUUUCCAAGGGUGCUAGAGUUCGCAUUCAGCCACCAUGGGGAAUGGGAUGAACAAGAUCCUGCCUGGCCUAUACAUUGGCAACUUCAAAGAUGCCAGAGAUGCAGAGCAAUUGAGCAAGAACAAGGUGACACAUAUUCUGUCUGUCCACGAUAGUGCCAGGCCUAUGUUGGAGGGAGUUAAAUACCUGUGCAUUCCAGCAGCGGAUUCGCCAUCUCAAAACCUGACAAGACAUUUCAAAGAAAGUAUUAAAUUCAUUCACGAGUGCCGACUCAGGGGUGAGGGUUGUCUUGUACACUGCCUGGCUGGCGUCUCCAGGAGCGUGACUCUGGUGAUCGCAUACAUCAUGACUGUCACUGACUUUGGCUGGGAGGAUGCCCUGCACACUGUGCGUGCAGGGAGGUCCUGUGCCAACCCCAACCUGGGCUUCCAGAGACAGCUCCAGGAGUUUGAGAAGCAUGAAGUCCACCAGUACCGACAGUGGCUGAAGGAAGAAUAUGGAGAGAGCCCUUUGCGGGAUGCAGAAGAAGCCAAAAACAUUCUGGCCACUCCAAGAAUUCUGAAGUACUGGGCCUUUCUCAGAAGACUGUAAUGUACCUGAAGUUUCUGAAAUAUUGCAAAGCCACAGAGCUUAAGGCUGGUGCUGCCAAAAAGAAAAGCAACCUAGAGUUUAUUUUUAAGUAUCCAGAAGUGAUUUGUAAACUUGUUUUUCAUUUUAAAUUGACUACAUGUGCGAUGGUGGUGAUAUAUGUUGAGAACCUAAGGGUACUCUUUUAGCAAGAGAAAAUAUUUUUACCUUAAUUCCACUGCUGCAUCAAUUUCUUUAACCUUAACUUUGAUGUUUAAGCAAUUUUUUUAAAUGUUUAUUUAUUUUUGAUAGAGAUGGAGACAGAAUGCUAGUGGGUUAGGGGCAGAGAGAGAGGGAGACACAGAAUCUGAAGCAGGCUCCUGUCAGCACAGAGCCUGAUGCGGGGCUCAAACUCAUGAGCUGUGAGAUCAUGACCUGAGCAAAGUUGGACACUCAACCGACUGAGCCACCCAGGCGCCCCAUGUUUAAGCAAUCUGAAGAGCCCUGCUGCACUGCUUUGGUUACUAUUUAGUAAUCAUGAUUGCUUCUCAUGAGAAUUACACUGUGUAAACUCUGCCCAUAUGUUCUUCAAUUCCCCAGCUUGGGACAUAUCUCUUGGUGUGUGUUUCACCCAUGGUUUGCAUUCUCCAUGGUGGAAUUUACCAAGAGCUACACAUUUUUGUUAACAAAAGGCAACCUAACAUUUAACUUCAUGGGCAAUGCAUUCUUCCUGAGGUGAGGGGUGGACACUGUAUGUGUUUCUGCCUAUGAGGGUCAUGAUACAGGAUUGGAGCCUGCUCUCAUAGCAGUAAUGCUGGUUUAAUUGCAGAGGCAAUGAAAAGUAAAUUAAUUUCACCAUGAGAGAAAAAUUGAUCUUCAAUGUGAACAGAAAGAAAUUCAUAAAUUGGACUUAUAGUUUGUUUGCACACGUGUGAGAACUGAAUAUUUGGCACCCCUGGAACUAUUGCACUUAUCUUAGGGGUGUGCAGCCCAGGUACUCCAUGAUCAUUUGCUGCACAUUGUUGAAUGCAGUUUAUUCUGAUUCCGUAUUCAGCUUUUAAUUUGAAGAAACACACACUAGCCUAAAGAGCAAUUUAAGUCAGUUUCCUAAAUUUUCCAUUUCUAAAUCCAGGGGAGAAGGAAGGAAAUUUGACUUUUUAGUCUAAGGAUAGGGUUGGCUUGAACUAAGGGCAGGUGAACACAGGAGCUGAUGUACCUGGACCCUUUAACUGUAGGUGGCAGGCUUGAUCUGUGUUCUGAGUUUCUGCUUCAACCAGGGAGGGGCUCAGGGAAGGGGCUGGGAGCUGUGUGUUGGGAUGAAGAGGACCCUCUGUACUGGCAACAGCCCCUGAAUGGUGUGAGAUGAUACACAGUGAUCAGUUUGGGUCAUUAAAAUGCUUAUUCUGACUCAGCAGGCCUGCCUGAAUGUAGUACAGGUAAUCUAGUUGUAGGAACCUUUGAGUACUCCCAUGCGUCAUACUUAAAAGCCCCAAGAUGUUUCCACUUCCCACUUGUGAGGAUAUGCCAGAGCCUUGUCUCUGGAAAACUCAGGGAAAAUGGCCAAGGCUGAACACAGAGCCUCAGGAAGACCUCUGUUCUGUGUGUAGGACAUGAGGCGGCAGAAUUAGGAAAACAGGUUUGCUGGCAAUGGCCCCAAUCCAGUAGGGUCACCCACCCCUUGCAGCCUGACAUCCUUUCCUGUCCACUUCUUCUUGCUAUAGGAUGAGAUCUGGCACCAACAAUAAUCAUCUAAUAAUUGGUGUUCUGUGGGUUACAAACUAUCACUGCAAAGCUUUAUAAACCCACAGACAGGGUUAUUCAUUUGAGUCUCAAAGAGGCUAAGAAAUACACUGGAAAGUGAAAAUGUUAGUGCUUCUUUGCCUGAAUCUGGAUCUUUUGAUCCCAAAUCAGUGGGUAAAGUGAGAGGGAGGGGCUGAGCCACCUCUGGGCUUUGCACUUAGAAGUUUGUGAGCCUCUAAUGAGGGCUAAGGGAGAACAAGCACCCCUGUAGCAAAGCUGUAUGGCUACUGAAGCCAGAACCUCUAUUUGCUUCUCCCCUUUUCUCCCUGGAGAGUUUGUUUUGAUCCCCAUUAAUGGUGUUGACAGGAAAAUUGACAAUUACAGAGUAAGUCCUAAGGACUAGUAUAGGUGCUCCCAAAAUGUGUGGGAAAGGGAAAGAGAAACACCAUUCCAGUUUUGGGGUGAGUUAGGCAGUGUUCAGGGAAGGUAUCUUGGAAAAAGUGAUACCUAAUUUGAGACUUGAAGCUUAAGUGCUAGAAUUAGCUGGGCAUAGUGGGAGGAAAGGGAGUCCAGGCCCAGGCUCAGCAUGCAUGUUAAGUUGGUGGCAUGAGGGAACACAGUGCACUGGGGUGACCCCAAGUCAUUGUGUAAACUAAAGCAAGAACCAAGGGGUGGGCAUUGGUGGUAAGUGGUACAGACAAAGCUGCACACACAAACAAAGACUCAGCUGGCCAAGGUGAUACCAUUGCUUAGUGUCUGUUGUAUAAUAACUGGUUUACUUCUUAUACCAGCCCUGGGAACUGAUCAAGCUCAGAGGUCAGGUGCCCUGCCAGCUUUCCGCAGGCUGAUUCUUGAGCUUGGAACCUCAUGAGCAGCAUGAGUACCAUUAUGCAGAUAUAAUGGAUAUAAUGGGUGGGGGCUCAUUGAAUGUGCUGGAGCAAGCAGGAGCCAUGGUUGGUGUGUAGGUGGAGAAUUAAGGCGGGAGGUGGCAGUCGGGGCAGCUGUUAUGUCAUCCAGGUGAUUGAAACUAGUGCCCUGAACAGGGUCAUGGUGGUAGAGAUGAAAAGGGACAAAGGAGGCAAAUAGAUUUGGGAUUGAGGGGGGUUGGGGAGGGAGAAGCAAAUGCUCUUAGUAUUGGGAUGAACUUGGGGGACUAUGGGUUUUGUGGCCUUGCCACUCUGGAAUCUUCCAACACAGUGGUUCUUUGUACCAGUAUCCUCCUUCCCCAUGAUGAUUGUUUGUAGGCUCUGAAAUGUCAAGAUUAGAUUUAAGGGGGCUGCCAGACCUAGGACCUCCAAAGGCAGUCAUCCCAGCUUUGCAGAUUAGGGCCUCAAGUUUAUCCGUGUACACAGGACAAACUCCCUGGAAUAGACUCAUGACAAUUAAUGUGGAAUUCAAAUGUCCAGUUUCAUAAUUUAUCAUGAAAAAUAAAAGAAAGUAGCUUUAUGAAAACCAAUUUUAUUCACUAGACUAUCUCUUUCAUUAUCAAGAUUUGUGGGGGAAGCCAAAUUAGUCAUUAGGCAUUGUCUUGUGAGAUGGACAUGGAGCUAAGAGCCUUAGUGGUGUGCAGGGAGUAAUCCUGAUCUGGCAUCCCCCAUGAUUGGAGUGCUUUUCCCAUAACAUGCUUGAGUGGUGUUUCUGCAAGGCUCCUGCUUUGCUUCCUGAAGUCACUUUUCCAGGGUCUAGCAGACUACCCAGUUUAUAUACUUUUUUUUUUCCCAAGGUGAUCUUUGGUUUAAAUCAUGUUUUUUAGAGCACCUUCAUUAACCUUGGGUAUUCUUGUGUGUCUUCAAAAGCAUUUAUGCUUUUCCGUGAAGAUGAGUUCCCACUAGUGGCUUUUUUAUUUAUUAGGUGCUUGUUCUUUCUAGUUUCUGUCUCAGCAGGGAACCCCAUUUCCAACUUCUGGGGCUUCUUUGUGUUACUCAUGCACAGAGACAGCCUAUAAAUUCUGGUGAUUUGUGUGCAUAUGUGUGUGCACAUACACCUGUGUUUUUUUUUGGUUUUUAGUUUUUAGAGAAAUCUUUAACUUUCAGGAGAGUCAUGCGUACAACAACAAAGGUACCUUGAACUCAGGUACCCUAGAUGGCAGGUACCUGGAACACCCAGGGAAAUGUCAGAGCUCAUGUUGCACAACCAGAGCUGGUCACGAAGGGCUGCUCUUUGCACAAGUAUCUAGUCAUAAAAAUAGGGAACACACUAAAAUUCAAAACCCUGUGAUCCCACACUAGAUGACUCCUCCCAUCCUUGCCCUAAGUUAUUAAUAAUUUUAUUAAGAAUGUGCUUUCAACAUGCUUAUAUUUAUAUAUGUACUUAACAAGAAAUCACCAAGACUUCAGAGGGAAGUUCCUCUUCCCUUUCCUUUUUAUUGCCCAGAGAAAGGGAGAAACUGAGAAGCAAAAAAAAAAAAAAAAGCUGCUUUGAUUUGUAACUGAAGGCUUGAGUAUGUCAGUCAUUCCCUUAGGAUUUAGUAGGGUCUCCUUAAACCUUGGGCUCAUCAAGACUGUCAUGGACUUGGAUUCAUAUAACACAAUGGCCACAUUUCAUCAUGCAGAGAGAUCUUGACACUUUGCUCUUAUUUUCCUACCCCUGCUAUAGAUCUUGAGACCUGUCACUGCAAUAACAGUACAUAAUUAGUUCAGCCAGUACCAAAAUUAGUAAUCAAAAUUAGUAUCUAUUUUGCAGCUUAGGCUUAACCACCUAAUAAGCAUCUGACUAAAGGUUGCAAGUGCUGGGUCUGUGUCUCUUUCCAUCUGGGGAAAGAAUUGCCAGUACGUUUUUGAACAUCUGCAAGUUUGGGUUUAUUUUGACUCUGGAUAUCUUAUGCAAACUGUUGAUCAAGAGUUAGUAAUUUGCAGUUAAUUUUCCUGAAGCUUCUAGUUCAGUUAUUAGAGUCUGGUGUCAAAAGAGCUAUUUUAGCAGGUGACUGAAAUUACUAGGCAGUUCAACAUUCUGAGUGUGGUGUUCACUGUUUAUUUAGAAGUAGGGUUAAGAGAAGAUGUUUUAGAUAGGAUUAUACCUGAUCACAGCCUUUACACAAAGGCCUAUUUAAGAAAACUGGAGAGAGGGGGAAAAAUAAAACUGAUUUUUACAGGGUUAACAAUUCCUUCUAGGAAUAAUGUCACUUGCAACAAUUUUGGGAAACAACACCAAUCAUGCCAUUUCACCAUUUGUCCAACUUGACCCAAGGAGACCCCAUUACAGGGGCCUUUCCACUCAGCUGCUCAGUCCUCCAGGGCCCACAUCAGUGACAAGUGAAAAUAUAAAUAAAAAGUUGCCAUCGACAUUAUGUUGGCCUCUCUCUCCCCUCAGAGUCCAUUUAUCAUCAAGUGUUUUGCCCUCAGUUUCUUGUGCCCUUCCCAGAAGUGGCCAAACCAGCACAAACAGGAACCAUACUUUAUAGUGAGCACGUUUGCCUUUUGUUGGUUGGCUGUGGGAUUCCCCAAGGCACUGAUAUGGAGCCUUUUGGGAAAAUAAAAAUCAAAAGGCCUCUACAUUGUGCACUAAAGAAAUGUCACCUUCUGCUUUGCAAAGGGUGUGCCCUUCAAGGCAAGAGACCCAAGUGGCACUGAGCUUCCUCAGAAUGGGAGUCCCUAGAGAAACUUGUCAUGUGCCAGGAGUCAAAUGUUUGGAUGCUCCUUGGUUUGUGUUAAGCCACACUGAUGUGACAGACAGAAAGUCAAGAAGGUGUGAGAGGAGAGGACCAUUUCUUGACUGUUUGCAGAGGCCUUCAUGGAUCUCCCCAAAUCAGGUGCAUCCCAGAGGUGUAUUGCAGGUGUGGGCUAAAACCCACAUUUCAUGCCUUGAUAUUCACUGCCCCACAGCACACAGCCCUGUUCUCUGCUUUGCCAGAGCUCCUUCCUAUUAUCUUCCACCUUCCAGGAGGAGGAAGGCACAGGUCCUCAUUAAGCAGGUUGGGGGAUAGAGGUGGUACUUAGUAAAUGAGAGGCCAGGGCCCUGGACUGGUGACCAGGAAGCCAAGAUAGUCACAUGUCAGGCAGGCCUGACUCAGGUCCAGUUUCAUCCUGGUUCUCUGGAAUACCUUGGGGAAGUCCCAGAGGAGGCAGCCCACUCAUGUGGGGAACUUCUUCUAAGACAGGAGUGAAAGAAGCUCCCCAAGAGGGAUGAGCAGUGCUAGAGGGUACCCUGUGUCAUGGCACAGUGAUGUGGCCAGAGGCAGCCUCACAGCUUUCCUGGGUGGCAUUUUAUGUGUCUAUUAAAGGCCCUUCUAAUCCUGAAGAGCUCACAUCUGGAUAACAAGACAAUCAAUCUUGUGAUAGUCAACAAUUAUUGAGUACAUAAUGUGGGAGAGAAGUUGGCAUUGAGAUUUUUCCUUGAAAUCACCUCUGGCAACAAUCCUGUUGGAUAGAUUUUACUAUUAUCACCAUUUUUCAGAUGAAGAAACCAAGUUCUAGAGAACUUGAGCAUUUCCCAGUCUCAGGGCCAGAAAGUGGCCAAGUGAGAAUUAGAAUCCAAGCAAUCUGACUGAGGUGUGCAUAAAUGUCACCACUCCUUUCAAAAUGCCACUACCUCUCAGAGGCUAAGCUAAUGAAAUACUAACAGUCAUGUGCUUUCAUGUUCAAGUUUUUUUCUGAAGGUGGGUUUACAUUAGAUCACAGGAAUAGUGGGGAGAUUAAGGUGGAAGAUAGGUAGAUAUAUGUAAGUAGGCACAUGAGAAAGACUUUUUUUUUCUUUUCAUCAAAGCCUGCCCAUUGUGCAUACACUAUGGCUACCACACAUACUUCUGACUGGGCAUUUCUGACUUAGCCUAGAGUAGCAGGCAGAGUACUGAGAUGUCCUGGGGCUCCAGGAAGUGCUUUGCAAGAAUACAGAAUGGCCCAUGUGUGUAUGGGAAGGGGGACGGGGCUAAUGCCUGGUACUUUAAGCAGAUGGUAUUCUGUACUUAAUGUACCAUCAUUACAUAAAUGGAGGAACUUCUGUGAGGGUUUUGCAAGAAGCUUAGGGAUUUGCUGUCAUUCAAGUCAAAUAACUCAAAUGAAGAUACUCAUUGAGGACAGAGACAUGGGAAGCAACAGUGGAUGUCAAAGCAACAAGAGACUGACAGGACCUCCUUCCAACCCCUGGGGCUGAGGGCCAGGGCUGGGAGAUGGAGUUACUAUAGCCAAGUAAGAAGUGGGCUGUGCAGGGCUGUCCAGAAGGACCUGGGCAAGGAAGGUCUUUAAAAAGUAUGGGAGGUUGGGAGGGAGCAGAGUAGAAAUUUCCCAUCUGAUGUCCUCCUGUCCUAUCUCCCUGAACCUAAUGGGAAGAUGGCCAGCAGAGGAUUCUGUAUGCUGUGAUCUUGGGGGACAGAACAGGAUGAUUGCCAUACAACAGGCAGACCUGGAACUCAGCCUUGGGUAGGGCGGAGAUUCAGUGAUAGGAUGGAGGAAGUGCCACAAGCUUCCAAGAAGUAUCUGAGUGUCAGCAAGCUGAUACUAAAAGUGGGUCUGAGUGGGGAGUCUGGUUCUCCUACACACUUUGUCCUGAAGUGUGCUAUCUGGAGCUUGGCCUGUGACUCACUGCUUUCAUCUGUAGAGAGCAUUUAGAAUCAUCCAUGCCUGCCAAUGUGCCCUCACUGAUCUGUGCUUUCCUAUGGCCUAGCUGGUGAAAUGGCAUCCCCUGAGAGAAGACCACCAGGGUCAGGUGGCAUCUGAGCAUCUGCUACAAACUUUGCCCUUGUGAGAGUCCCCCCUCCUCUGGACCACAGCCCAUGAAGAGCAGGGGAGGAUAUUCUGCAGUGCCUCAAUCAUGCUACAGUGCCCACAGCUCACCGGGAGAACCACUUCAUAAGAUGUUUAUAGAGCUAGCACCGUUCAGACUGCCAUGAGGGAAAGGAAAAUGAGGCAGGGCAGCCUUGUCUUCAGAUUUUGAGUUGGGGAUAGAAGAGAGUCACUCCCAAAUGUUCUGUGAACAAAUGCUGAGCAUAGAAGCUGAAUGCAGGCCAAGUGGACCACGGAUGCUUCACAGAGAGUGUCCUGCUAGGAAAACUUGGAAGAAGAAUCAAGUGCAUCCAGGGAAGAGGGUGAUACGCAGGUAAAGGCACAGGCAAGAGUGAACAUGGUGUACUUGAAAGUCCAAGACCUUAGAGAAGGUGAUUGUGAGGGAGGUGAGGGUUGGAAAGUAGAGUGCUUAAUCCCGUCCUGUCGUAUAAACUGUAGGCAGCUGUAGGAGGGCCUUGGAUUGAUUUGGGUCCACCAGGAUGGGCUAGAGUCAGGAAGUUCAAGCAGUUAGGAGACAGACAGGCUCACUGGAUGCCCCCAUGGGACCUCUCCAAUGACAAAUCUACCAAGUGAGGCAACAUAUAUAGUUACCACCUUGAAGUAAUUAUAGGCAGUGCUGGUUUGCUUUCUCCAGAAGCAGAAACAGAAUUAGGGGUACAAAGGAUUAUUGGCAGAUAGCAUCUGUGACAGGAGGCAGUGGGGCUGUCAGGAAGACAGUCCCAUCUCCCCAUCAGAGGAGCCUAGGGGCAGGCAUGGCUGGUUGCCUCAGAAGAAUGGCCUGAGCUGCCAGAGAAGGCACCCCUGAGAGGUCAGAGCUCAGGGAUACUUACCAUUCUCACACAGUAGGACAGCCUGAUGCUCUCCAGUGACACCUGGUACUAAAGUGCAGCCUUGCAGAGAUUUGUCUCCACAGUGUCUCAUACAGCAGGACUUCCCAAAAUGCUUCGCCCAAACUCCAGUGCUGUAUUCUUCAAUGUGGCUUGGUCAUUUGGGUGCCUCUGGCAACUGAAAGCCCUCUCCCCUCUUCUCUCCUUCUCCCCUUGUCCUCCCUCUAUCCUCCUGCUCCCUCUCCCUCCUCCCUCCUACCUCCUACCUCCUUCUUCACUCCCCCUCCUCCCCUCUUCCCCCCAGUUCUCAGAUUAGAACUGGGUGUAGAGAAGGUUGAAAACAAUGCCAGGGUUUAGCGGAUUCCAACCAUUCUCCUUACAAUAAUUGCAGCCUCAGCUGCCACCAGGGAUGCAGCAGGACCUCUCCACUCCUGGGGCAGGAGAUGUACAGACACACUGUUUAUAUAGCAUUUAUUAAAAACAAGCUUUAGUAACAAGUAAAAGAGAAUCUUUUAUUACCAUCCAGAGCCACAAUCCUAAACCAUUCCAGCGAUAAAAUAUGUCUCCCCUCAAAACUUACUUUGUUGAUCUAAGUUUAAACAAUGGCUGUCUAGAGUUUUAAUAAGAUAUACAUAAGCUUAAAAUGUACAUGUUUUUAUUAUAUCCUUUAAUUAACAAUAUGUUCUACAUGGAAGUGAGUGUGGAGAACUCCCAGUUAAUGGGCAUGACUGGGACAUAGGAAAUCAACAACUGGUCGGUUGUGUUGUUUUGUUUUUCUUUUCUUUUCCAGUAAAUUCAGAGUGAUUUGGAAUCCAAGCUCCAUGGGGCAAGUUUGGUCUCCAGUCUCUGCGAGAUUACAUUUCUGCACUUGCAGAGUAGAUUUGAAAUAACCAAGGGUUUUAUACUCAGUUCCUUUAAUCUGGCAUUCUGAGUGACCACUUGAAUGUUUGUCUAAAUAUUUUUGGCUGCAGACAUAUUAGAAAACCACAAGAAUUGGUCCCAAAGAAACCUAGACAUGCUAUUUAUAGAAUUUGAUGUGGAAUGGGAUUUUUAUGCAUCUUGCCCUAUCUUAUCUUUUUAGUUAACACUGUUUCUACCUACUUGUGUAUCUGUUGUUCAACAUGAAAUAAAUUUUUCAAAAUAAACUUAAGUGUUCUAUGACCAAUGACGAGUGAAGAUCAACUGACAAAUCUCACAUAAAGAGAAGUUGAGUUUUAACAAAAUCAUUGACAAAUUCAUAGAAGUUAUGGCUUAAAAAUUGUAAUUAUUCAUUAAUGUGGCAGACCAACAUCUAGGUAUAUGUUCCUCCCAUUUUUCAACAUAUGCAUUACUAUAAUUAAAGAGUAUUCAUACAUGA